AUGCUGCCGAAUUGGCAGUAUUUAGGACCUUCAAAACCACAGAACACUCUGCAGGACACCAAGUUUUUUGUUUGUGAGUUCUGUGAGCUCAAAACAUGUUUUCCAACUUUUGGAAUGUCUUCAUUUGAUAGAUUUUCGAAAAUUCGAGUUUUUGCAGACGAAAACGAUGCUAGCGAAGCACCGAUCGAGGAGGAACAAGAACAAGAGCGGCAGGCUCAGCAAGGCACGCAUUUUUUCAGAAAGAUGCCUUGAGAUGUUCAUUUUCUUUUCAGAAUUCGCAUCGUCGAGUGCCUUUCCGAGAGUCUUCGACAAGAAUUAUGUGGAACAGCUGCGCAAGCAAUUCCUGAGUCAGCAGUCGGAACGACGGGCGAUCCGAGGCGGACAGCGACUGGGCACCGACGAGCAGUUCGUGCUGAAACGGCUCAAAGAGUCAGUCCCCCUCGCCCCGCCCCCCACAAUCCAUUUAUGAUAUCCGUUUCAGACACGGCCACCCGUGCAGUCUGUCCACUUUCACGUGUCUGAGUGGCCACUGCGGCCGCUCGUUCGAAUGCGUUCAAGUGCUCGCAUUCCACGUGUCAUACGCCCAUCAGGACGUCAUGAGCGCCACUUCCAAACAUCUCACGUGUCUUUUGUGCGGAAAGAAGUGGACUACUGUCAGGGUGAGCAUCGGAAAAGAGGGAAAAUGGACUUUUGAACUAUUUGAAAUGAAGAGUUCAAAAUUUCGCACAUAUCUCGGGACCAGAUAAUCGGAUCGGUUUGGAACCUGAACCCAAUAUACUUAAAUUCAAGUCCAAGAAGCCUGUGAAGUUCCGGUCUGAUCGGAUUACUGCAUCUCUGGAAACAUUGAGCUAACCCAAUACAUGUUUUUCUGCAGCGCAAGAUCAUGCACCUGUCGCUUGCGCACCGCGGAAUCGGAGAAGAGCACAACAGUCAGUGCAUGCUGCAGGUGGACUCGGUCAUUGCGCCCAACGCUCCCAAAGUACACAGACUCGAGAAGGCGCAGAGGGAGUACGAGCACCAUCGGUACUAUAUUUUCGUGGUUCCAAUUCAAAUUUGUGUUCAGAAUGAACGAAGGGACGAUGCUGACGGAAUCGUACGAACAAAUGGUGCCGGUGGUCGAGGAAACUGUGGAAGAAGUGGAGGAGAUAGAAGAGUUCGGAGCAUUCGAACAGAUUGAGACCAUCGACGGCACCGAGUACGAAUAUUAG